AUGAAAGCCCUUGAGGGGCGACUCGCAGCAACCGAAGCUGCGCUUUCAGCCGCACUGACGGCUCUUCGGAACCAAACGGCGCAAGACUCGUUAGACCCUUACCUGUCAACCGCCAUUUCGAAUCCGCCCUUGUCACAGCGCUCAAAAGCCGAGAAACUGGAAGAAUGGAAGCGCCUGCCAUUGCAGACGGGUGACCAGUUGAUGGCGUGGCUUCGUGUGCAAAACGGUGAAGACAUGGCAUCACCUCGAACAGAUGGCCGCAGAUCAAUCUCGGAACCCCAAACCUAUGCUGCAGUCUCGCCAAAAACAGUCAUGGGGCUGUUAGAGACAUGCGAAGAGCCAAAGGUCCCAAAUGCUUGGGAAUAUUCUGCGGGAUUUGGGCGAUGGACAAAAAACUACUUCUGA